UCUCCCCACCCCACCGUUCCAUUCGAAACGCGAGUGGCGGCGAAGGCUAUCUGACGAAACCGACGACGUCGUCGACGAGACCUCCUCCUCAUUCUUAUCCUCCUCAAAAAACCCUAAUCCUUCAAUCUCAUCCACCCAUGGCGGCUCUCUUCGUCGGCGGCAACGCCACCGCCUCCCUCCUCCCCACCACUACCACCACCCUCAAGAACCGGUCCGCUGCCUCCUCCCACAAAACCGCAGGUUUGGCAAAGAAUUCUAUCUCUUCGUCUCUGUCCUUGAGAGGAAAGGCGAGGUCGUCGUCUUCUUCUUCGAAUUGGGCCAAGGAUAGCUGGAAAUCCAAGAGGGCGCUCCAAAUCCCGACCUAUCCAAACCAGGAGGAGCUGGAUACGGUGCUCCGGAACCUGGAGACGUUCCCACCGCUGGUGUUUGCCGGAGAGGCGCGGAAGCUGGAGGAGAGGCUAGCCGAGGCCGCCGUCGGGCGGGCAUUCCUACUCCAGGGCGGGGACUGCGCCGAGAGCUUCAAGGAGUUCAACGCCAACAAUAUCAGGGACACGUUUAGGGUUUUGUUGCAGAUGGGCGUUGUCUUGACCUUCGGUGGGCAGAUGCCUAUCAUCAAGGUUGGGAGGAUGGCCGGCCAGUUUGCAAAACCCAGAUCUGAUCCAUUUGAAACCAGAGAUGGUGUGAGGCUUCCUAGUUAUCAGGGAGACAACAUCAAUAGUGAUGUCUUUGAUGAGAAAGCUCGAGAGCCUGAUCCAAAAAGGUUGCUUAAAGCAUAUAGCCAGUCUGCAGGCACCCUGAAUCUUCUGAGAGCAUUUGCUACUGGUGGUUAUGCAUCCAUCCAGAGAGUCAUAAAAUGGAACCUUGAUUUUGUGGAGCACAGUGAACAAGGAGACAGGUAUAUGGAGCUUGCACAGAGGGUUGAUGAUGCUAUUGGAUUUAUGGUGGCUGCUGGUCUGACUGCCGACCAUCCCAUAAUGACCACGACUGAAUUUUGGACAUCGCAUGAAUGCCUUCACCUACCAUACGAGCAGGCACUGACCAGGGAGGAUUCAACAUCUGGCCAGUAUUAUGAUUGUUCAGCGCACAUGCUUUGGGUUGGCGAGAGGACCCGGCAGCUGGAUGGUGCACAUGUUGAAUUUCUCCGUGGAGUAGCCAAUCCUUUGGGCAUAAAGGUGAGUGACAAAAUGGACCCAGCAGAGCUUGUGAAAUUGUGUGAGAUUUUAAAUCCCCAUAACAAGCCAGGAAGGCUGACCAUAAUCACAAGAAUGGGAGCUGAGAACAUGCGCAUGAAGCUUCCUCAUCUGAUUACAGCAGUGCGCCAAGCUGGACUAAUAGUUACUUGGGUUAGUGACCCGAUGCAUGGAAACACCAUGAAGGCUCCAUGUGGCUUGAAGACACGUGCAUUUGAUGCGAUCAGAUCUGAGCUAAGGGCCUUCUUUGAUGUUCAUGAAAAAGAGGGAAGCCAUCCCGGAGGGGUUCACUUGGAGAUGACAGGGCAAAAUGUUACAGAGUGCAUUGGUGGAUCCAAGGCGGUGACCUUCGAUGACUUGAACUCUCGAUACCAUACGCACUGUGAUCCGAGGCUUAAUGCUUCACAGUCCUUAGAGUUGGCUUUUGCCAUUGCUGAAAGGCUGAGGAAGAGAAGGAUUAGGUUAUGGAGUAAGUGGGUUUUCAAUGAACAGCCCCUAGCUGCUGUUGUGUAGAAAAGCAGAGCCUGCCAUCCCUUUUUUGCUGCAUCUCUGACAGAUAGAGCCAGUCCUUGCUUGCUACUUAUCCGUUUCAUCGUUUCUUCCUCCUGGUAAAGGGUGACUUUGUCAUUAGUUGAGGGACAAAUUUGGUUUAUUUAUUUACUCGAGUUGCCAGUAUUUUGAGUGUUGAAGCUAUAAAAUAGAGCAAGGUGUUUCGCUAGCGUCUGGUUUGGUCUGAGUUGCAUUAACCAUCAAUCUCACCAAUGCUGUGCAAUUAUAUUUGUAAAAUCUAAGGGCUAUCUGGUUUUGGAGCAAUGCCAGCAAAAUAUUACCAUGUUAAUGCUUUUGAGCAUACUGUAGUAUUGAAGCAGGACGGUUGUCUG